AUGUUUAAUAAAGAGAAUGAUUCCAAAUUAUUUUUUUUUUCCAGACAACGAGUUGCCAAAUCAGUGUUAGAGGAAUUUCGAACAUGUCGUCCAGAAAUUUUAGCACCAGACCUUCCAGAAAUUAUGAAAAUUCUUGGACAAAUGAGUGAUGAGCCGAUCUUGAGGGCUGAUUUACUGGAGGAAAUACCACAUAUUGCCGCACAAGCCAUAGAAUGCUCAACUCGAGUCAGUGCAUUUAAGAAUGUAGUGAGUGAUUACCUUAUUCCAUUGGUAGUAAGAAGUUUAGGAUGUUCUGAAAAUACACUAAUUGCUCAUUCGACCCUUAUUAAUUUAAUAAAACAAGGCUUUAUCACGAAACUCCAAGCUGAAAUACAAGUAUGCCCCGCUAUUUUAGCGCUAACCAAGCUAGAAACCGCUACUGCUGUGGAUGUAAACACUGGUGCUAUCAAUCUAAUGAGCAAAUUAGCUCCAUUACUUGGCCGGGAUGUAACAGAACGUGUAUUCCUCGGAAGGUUCACAGAACUAUGUUCCAGUCCGAUGUUUUACAUACGAAAAGUUUGCGCGGCACAUUUUGGAAAUUUUUGUGCUGUCGUCGGCAAGGAUGCCGUCGAAAAGGUUUUGUUACCUCAAUAUCUGGCCUUGUGCACAGACGACGUGUGGGGCGUAAGAAUGGCGUGUGCUGAAGUCAUAACGUAUAUGUCCUGUGCUUGUAGCAAAUCGUCCAAAACUGAAAAACUUUCUCCAGCUUUUGGUGCUUUACUUCAAGACGACUGCCGGUGGGUCAGAGUAUCCGCAUAUCAAUCGUUGGGACUUUUUAUUUCAACUUUUGCUGAACCACCAAUAACAAAUAUAGGAUACAGCAUAAACGGUGAUUUAGUUCUACUAAAUAUAGAUGGAGGAGAAUUCACGAUUUCUUGUUCUCCUCCUUUGACAUUAACUGAAAGGUAUUCACUCUUAGGAAAUUCUGGAAAAGAAGAUACAAAUGUAAUGAUGAAUCCCUUAAACUUCGAUUUGGAAGAAAACGAUCCACUGGCAGGUUUGGAGGAGGGCGAAUGGAGUUUUAAGAGUGAAAAAGAAGAAAUAGACUUAAAUUCAAACGCAGAUUCUAAUGAACAUAAAUCUGAAUGCAAUGCAAAAAUUGAUGGUGAUAUAGAUUUACUUGUAGUCAAAAACAAAGAAACCACAGAAGAUUCAAAAUGUAACUCCAGUGUGAUAUUGAAUAAAACUAAUUGUGAUAUUAGUGAAAUUCUUAUUGAACUAAAAAAUGAAUUGCAGAAUAUACACUUAUUUGUAGAUAGUAAAGAAAAUAGUACAAAUGUCGAUAGUGAAAUUAGUCAAUUAAAUUCAAAUAAUAGUAAUGAAGAUAAGAUCACUGAUAUGAAUAAAGAUACAAAUGACAACGAAAAAAAGGUAAAUAAUAUCAAUAAUAAUGUGUGUGAUACUAGAGAGGAUGACUUGCAUUUAUUUUACUCACACAAUUAUUGGUAUAUUAGUCCUGACAUGCCCUUAGAUCCCAAUAUAGUUGCUGGCGAUAUGUAUCCAAUCGACGGAGCUGGAGAUUUUCUUUUACAAAAUGAUAAUACUCAGAAUAAAGCUGCAGAUAAUAACAAUUCAACUCUUUCUAUAGAUGAAAAAGAUGUUGCAGAUGAUAGUGUAGUUAUAAAUAAUAUGACUGUAACAACGGAACCGGAACAAACAAUAGUUCCCCAAAUUUUGGUAGACAGUUUCAUAUCCAUGACGUAUCCAGCUCUCCCUCUAAAUAUUGAACACGAAAUGGCCUAUCAUUGUGCUUACUCUCUACCAGCUGUUGUCUUGACAUUGGGCAAAGAGAACUGGCACUUACUGGAAGACACUGUGUUCUCUUUAGCCAGCGACUUACAAUACAAGGUUAGGAGAACCGUAGCGAGCAGUUUACAUGAAUUAGCCAUCAUUUUAGGCCCGGAAUUGGCUACCAAUAGCUUGACUUCACUGUUUGAAGGAUUUAUUAAAGAUCUCGAUGAGGUCAGAAUAGGCGUUUUAAAACACUUGACCGCUUUUUUAACGGUUAUAAAUCCACCUAAAAGGAAUACUUAUUUACCUAGGUUAGUAGAAUUCUUACAUACCGACAACGAGUGGAAUUGGAGGUUCAGGGAAGAAUUGGCGAAACAAUUAUUAGAAGCAAUGGAGUUAUUCAAGCCUUCGGACAUUGCCAAACAUAUCGGGGUCAUUGCAGUUGAUCUACUUUGUGAUAAAGUUGCGGCUGUGCGAACGAUUGCUCUGUCAUUGGUGACGGAAAUUGUAUCAUACACAUCUUCAGAACCAAAUCUGACGUCUAGUCUAUUAGUAAAAUUAGCCGAGACUUUUGCGCACUCGAAGAAAUGGAAGCGUCGUCAGACAUUCUGUUUACUUUGUAUAGAACUGUUGAAAGAAGAAGCUUUAGAACCGGAACAAUUCAUGUCAGAGGUGAUGCCACAUUUAUUGGAUUUAAGUUGGGACCCAGUGGCUAAUAUCAGACUAGUAGUGGCAAGGUGUAUAUCUAAUUACAUUUUAAAGAAUGAGUAUUUUGCCGACUCCUCCAAUGAAAAUUAUGAUGGACUUGAAACUGUUUUAAGAAGACUACAGGCUGAUAAAGACAGUGACGUCCGUCAAUCGGCAGAAGUAUAG